AUGACAUCUGCCACGCCCCCUUCCUCCCGAAGCUGCUCCCCUCAAAAGGUGUGUCACUCGCAGACGCAGACAGACGUUCUAAAGCCCCUACUGGGCGCCGGGGGCUCCGGCGGGGGCGGGACCUUGAGGAGGCGGAGACGUGUUCUGUCCAAGGAUGGGCGGAGUAACGUACGCAUCGAACACAUCAGCGGGCGGUCGGCCCUGUACAUGCGUGACCUCUGGACGACGUUCCUGGAUAUGCAGUGGCGGUGGAAGUUCUUUCUCUUCACCCUCACCUUCACGGGGACGUGGUUCCUGUUCGGGGUUCUGUGGUACCUGGUGGCAUUAGUGCAUGGAGAUCUGCUGGAGUUCAACCCGCCGUCGAACCACACCCCGUGUGUGCUGCAGAUGCAGACGCUGACUGGGGCAUUCCUGUUCUCGCUGGAGUCCCAGACCACCAUUGGCUACGGCUUCCGUUGCAUCACAGAGGAAUGUCCAGCCGCCAUCAUCCUCCUGAUCCUGCAACUCGUCAUCACCAUGGUGCUGGAGAUCUUCAUCACCGGAACCUUCCUCGCCAAGGUGGCUCGGCCAAAGAAGCGAGGUGAGACGGUGAAGUUUAGCCAGCACGCCGUGGUGUCGAGUCACGAAGGCCGGCCCUGCCUCAUGAUCCGAGUGGCCAACAUGCGGAAGAGCCUGCUGCUGGGGUGCCAGGUGACGGGGAAGCUGCUGCAGACAUCUCAUACUAAGGAGGGGGAGACGGUGCGUCUGGACCAGAGGAACGUUCCCUUCCAGGUGGACACGUCCAGCGACAGCCCCUUCCUCAUCCUCCCCCUCACAUUUUACCACAUCAUAGACGACAACAGCCCGCUCAGGGCCUGGGCCGCCAAGGGCGGGGGAUGGACAGAUCCUGAGCUGGCGGACUUUGAGCUGCUGGUUAUCAUGAGUGCCACGGUAGAGCCCACCUCAGCCACCUGCCAGGUGCGUACCUCCUACCUGCCUGAUGAGAUCCUGUGGGGGUACGAGUUCCCUCCUGUGGUCUCCCUCUCCCCCUCAGGGAAGUACGUGGCCGACUUUGCCUUCUUCGACAAAGUGGCCAAAACCAAGACCACGCCCCUCUUCAAAACAUCCCGCCCACAGAGCUACCAUGGCAACGGAGGAGGAGUAGGAGGGGGGGUGGAGGGGACUGACCCGGAGAAAAUCCGAUUGGAGCAGAGCUACAGGGAGAGAGGAGAGGAAGGGAGAGGGAGGGUCAGAGACAGUAGCCCUCUCAGUGUCCGCAUCAGCAAUGUCUGA